CAAGUAUUGCUUCACGUUUUCACAUCACCAAGUACCCAACUCUAAAGCUCCUGAGAAAUGGUCAAGCUUCAAAACGGGAAUACCGUGGACAGAGAUCUGCGGAUGCUUUUGCAACUUUCAUAAAGGAGCAGUUACGUGAUCCUAUUAAAAUAAUUGAAAGCCUAGAUGAAACACAGAAUUUAGAGGAGACAAAAAGGACAGUGAUAGGUUACUUUGAGCAGCAGGAUGUUCCUGAGUUUGAAGUGUUCCGGAAAGUAGCUCUCAAUCUCAAGGAUGACUGUCAGUUCCUUGCUGGCUUUGGAGAUGUAGUACGCAGUAUGCAUCCACCUGGGGAAAGUAUCAUUGCAUUUAAGGCUUCCAUAACUAAAGAAGAUGAUGCUUUUACUGGCUCUCUCUUAUCCUACGAUGAAGUUUCCAUUUGGGCUACAGAGAGAUGCAUUCCCCUUGUGCGGGAAAUCACAUUCCAGAAUGCAGAAGAAUUAACAGAGGAAGGGCUGCCGUUUUUGAUACUUUUUCACGCACCUGAUGAUACUGAGACCAUCAAGAAAUACACAGCCCUUGUACAGGCAGAACUUGCUGAUGAAAAACAAAAUGUAAACUUCCUGACAGCAGAUGGUGUACAGUUUGCUCACCCCCUUCAUCAUCUGGGCAAGUCAAAAAAAGACCUUCCACUCAUUGCUAUUGACUCCUUCAGACACAUGUAUCUCUUCCCAGCAGAUUAUAGCGAGGCUUAUGUUCCUGGGAAGUUGAAGUCUUUCUUGGCUGAUCUCUAUAGUGGAAAGCUUCACCGUGAGUUUCAUUAUGGACCUGACCCAGAAACUACUGAGGAACCUGCACAGAUUGAAGACAAGUCUCGAACUACCCAGGCAGAUGUAAAGAAAGAAAAGCCCACCACGCCACCAGAGUCAACCUUCAAAAAGCUUGCACCAUCUAAGAACAGAUAUACUUUACUGGAUAAGGAUGAACUGUAAGGUUAAAGUGGGAAAGAAUGGUUAAAUUUCAUAAAUUUAAACUUUGAGUAAUUUGGGGAGGAAUACAUAGGAUUGUAAGUGAUUAGGAAUAGCAUAAUGCCUACAGAAAUUGAUUUAAUAAAAAAUUGAUUUGAUUUAAAUAGGAGAGAGGGAAUAGGGAUUUAGUUUUUUUUUUUCCGUAUAUCGUAAUUUUAGUAGGGAUUCGUAUUAAGAAAAUGUGACGCCAGUAUAGUAGUAACCACAAACACUGGUAUUAUCACGAUAUUUACUUUUGUUUAAAUGUUGUAAUAUAUUCACUAGAGAGGGGAAGUUAAGAUUUUGUUCAUAAAGCUGUACAAAUGAAAUAUUGGAAUUGCAGUUGAUGGAUGACUGAUAAAAAUCGUGUGAAACUCUUAAGACAAUAUGGAUGGAUUUAGUUUUAGUUAUUUUUUUGAACUGUUAUUUGUCAUUUUAUCAACUGAACAGUUUUAAAACUAUUGAAGAUGGUUCAAAGUGUGUUUGAUUUGUUAAUGUCCAUUAAUAAAAAGUUGUAAAUUAAUCUUAAUAUUUUGAUAUACUGUAUUCUGUGCAGAUGAGUUUAUGUGCUCUUAUUGUGAAAGCAUUAGAAGUGUGUGUGCUACUGAAUUUAUUGAUAUCUUAUCACUAAUCACAUUUCUUUGUUACUUUUUCAAGCGGAAAAAUGUCUAUACAUACCUUAUGUGAAAGGAACAUAAUAGCUAGUAUUGCUCUUUUAUUUUAUCUUUCUAUGAGACUCCUGACAAUCCUGUGAAACCUAAAGGACUUGUAAUAGUGUUUUUUGUAUGUAGUAUGAUUUUUCUUACAUUAAGAGGAGAGUGAUUUGUGGAAUGUACAUUGGGAUCACUGAUUGUCUGUAAGCUACCAAUUUUCAUGUAAAGAGAAGUGUGAUUUAUAGAGCAUGCAUUAUGCUCAUAGUGUGUGUGCAAACUGCCAACUUUCCAGGUGGCACUGUAAUGAAACUAUGAGUAUAGCAAGUACUGUACCAUAUUACCAUGAAGUUAUUGUUUGCAGUAUCUGUAAAAAUUAUUAUAGUUCAGAGGCUGAAAUGACGAUUGUCCUUGUAAAUUAACUUCUAUAACGCAAAACUUUCAUUUAUGACUGCAUAGACUGCAAAUGUGUUUUUUAACAUUGCUUAUUACAAGCUGGAAAAUAUGAAAAAUCAUGUAUCGAGCUGUUUUACUGCUUUUACAGUACUUGUACUAAUAAAAUGGUAUUAAUAAAUAUCUUAAAAAUUUAUGUAUAUAAUAUUAGUAAUUUAUAUGAGGAAUAAUAAAUAACAUACAGGUGUCCCUAACUUUAAGCAGUAGAUCCAUUCUAGGCUCGUGGCAGCUGUACCGAGCUCAAUCAGGUCAUCAGCAUUUAAUUCUGCAUAAGAAUCGUCAAUACAUCUUGCAUAAAACAUACACACUGCAAAUGUAUAUUGCAUAUGUUGUUACUGAUAGAAAUAUGACACCACAUAAUAGUGGAUGUGCAUGAAGUGAAGGAAACCUGCAUAUUUAAAAAUGUGAAAUUUCUUUCCAGUAAUAAAGUUUGUACCAAGGACUUGUAUUGGGCAGUUUUUAUUUUUUUCAUAUCAAGAGCUUUGUCAUCCAUAUAGAAUCUUGAACUGUUGACAGAUCAUCAUUGACUUAUGAAAAUUAUAAAGAAAAUCUUACAUUGAUUAUCUUUUGACCUUUUAGUAAGAUGUUUCAGGAGAUGACUGUUCUUAACCCUUACAGAAAAUAAUUUUUGCCUAAUAAUAAAUUAUGUACAAGUUGUUAA